AUGGCCACAAUCCAUCACCUGCCGCCUGACAUUCUCUCAAAAACCUUUGGGCAGACCUACGUUGACGAGAAACAGGACAAUGUAACAUUUGAACGUUCAUGGUCCCCUCAGCUUGAGCAGUAUGCCAUUGACGAGAAGCUCUACAAAGUUUGUAGACGAUGGCAACAGAUUGUUCUUGAUACACAAUUUGGCAAAAAGCGUAACAGCGGGAUGGAUUGUUGGCGGAAAUUCGAUGGCGAGGAUUUUCAUUUCAAGUUUAGAGCUCCGGAAGCGUCGCAUCCUCGCUCAGACGCUACCGUGCUUGCAAUCUCAUGGGAGUUCAUAGUUGUGGUAUUUGAGGAGUAUUGA